GCAAGUGUAAAUCCGGAAGUACACAUGGUAGUUUCGUAAAUGAGGAUUUCGUGUGUUUUCAUCGUCUCCGUUAGUAUGAACGACUUUUACGUUUUAGGAAGUUUAUAGGCUCAGUUCGCAAUGGAUCACAAGAGACGACGCAGAGAAUCUCCUGCCCGGGACACAAAGAUAAAAAUCAAACAAGAAAAUGAGAGCCCCGUGCGGCCUCAGCGGUCACGCCGAGCCAGUUCAGGAUCCAGCCGCGGCAGCAGUAGCCCACCUCCGAGAAGACGAGACAGCAGAUCACCUUUUAGAAGAAGGGACAGAUCGCCUGCGAGAAGAGACCGGUCAUCGGGCACACAGCAGGAGAGAUCACCUCGACCCCGGAGGAGCAGAAGCCCGCACCGCGGGACAGACGUUAGAUUAAAGCGGGAUCAAGAGGAUCACAGAGGAGCCGAAUGUCAUAGGCAUCGUGAGAGAAGGGAUGAUUCAAAUGACCGCAGGGUAAAAAGGGAGGGAGAACGGCCACGGCAAAGAGAGCGAGACAGAGAACAGGAGAGGCAAAGGGGAAGAGUAAGGGAUGCCCAUAUACAACAGCAACAGCAAGCUGAAAGAGAAGAACAUAAUGAACGGCGGCUAGAGAAUCGCCUUAGACAGGAGGCUCGGAGCGGUAAUGGUGAUGAGGCACAAGAGUUUGGUGGUGGGCAGGAUGGUGAUUCCCCCCCUGCUGCUGAGAAGGAAAAGCCCAACUUUGAAUUAUCAGGUGCCUUGGUAGAAGAUACCAACACAUACAGGGGGGUGGUCAUCAAGUAUAAUGAGCCUCCUGAGGCCCGCAUCCCUAAAAGAAGGUGGCGUUUGUACCCUUUUAAAAAUGAUGAGCCACUGCCAGUCAUGUAUAUCCACAGACAGAGUGCUUAUCUACUUGGACGACAGAGGAAGAUAGCAGACAUUCCUAUUGACCACCCUUCUUGUUCCAAACAGCAUGCUGUUUUUCAGUACAGAUUAGUGGAGUUCACGCGAGCAGAUGGCUCCACAGGAAGAAGAGUUAAACCAUACAUCAUUGAUCUGGCAUCUGGUAAUGGCACCUACCUGAACAAUCAGCGUAUAGAACCACAACGUUACUAUGAGCUAAAGGAGAAGGACGUGCUGAAAUUUGGCUUCAGCAGUAGAGAAUAUGUGCUCCUUCAUGAGUCCUCUGACACAGCUGAGGUUGAUGCUAAGAUGGAGGAAGAUGAGGAUGAAGGCCUUGAUGAGUAGUUAGUACCCAACAUUUACUAAAAUACCUGUUUUGUGCUGGGCUCUUCAAAAGAGUUUGGCCCGUAGGAACAGCACUGACCGUUUCACCAUUUUGUUUUGGACAAUGAAACAAUCAUGAUUCAUCCUGCCCUGGUUGCUCUGUAUGACUAUUCUCAGGUGGAUAGCUUUUGUAUAAGACAGUUUUCUGUCAGAUUGUCUACAGUGUUGUCUCAAAGCAAGUGCUCAAUGCCAGAACUAAUUACUCGAUAUGUUAAAAAUAUAUAUAUAUAUAUAUUUUGGAUACUGUACGUUUGAGGUAAUGGAGAUUAUGUGUAGAUUUGGUUUCUGUAAAUAUACUGGAUGUAUUUGAUGCGAGUGCUUGUUUCAUGUGUUUUAGUUUGUAGUCUUUCUGAUUAGAUGAGUACUAUCUACUGGUUAGUCGAACCAAGCUGUCAGCACUCACAGAGCAUUGAGUUAUCAUCUUUGUGGUUAUUCAGAAAAAUCUGACUAAUUUGCAAAAGUCUAAAUAUUACUUCACAGCAGAUAACUUCUUUGUUUAGACAUUUUCUAUUCUCUCGCAGCACCUUCAUAUUUGAUUUUUAGAU